GAAGGCAAAAUAGUGAAUAAUUCCACUGUGAUCUGGGCCUAUCGGUGGGGAGGAAAAUGCGUGGCUUAAUGUAUUUUUUAUUCUACUUCUCCUUACUAAUCGUAAUUAAAGGUUCGCUAAGCCGUGCGCGUUUAGCUGAGGGAAGCUUGAAAUGCGUGUCGUAUCAGUGUAAGGAUGGCGAAUGCAAGGAAGGCAUCGAUAUAUGCGAAGAUACCGAACCCGAUCGGCCGGUCGGAUGUUUCGUGGUUUGGACAACGAACAACAUUACCAAUGAGGUAAACGUCACAUUGAAAGGAUGCUUUACGAACCCGACCGAGUGCAAUAACACGGAGUGCAUCGACACAACGGCAACAUCGAAGAAAAACCUCAACUAUUGCUGCUGCAGGGGCAGUCUGUGCAAUAAGGAGCAUAAAUGGAUACCGGAGGCAACGAAAGCACCCGAGGUGCAGCCGUCAGUUGAGAAGGUAUCGAGCUUAACGCUGGUAGUAUCCCUGACGGUCCUUUCGUUUGUCGCAGCGUUUCUGUUAAUGUCUUGGGUGUAUUGUAUCCACCACAAACAAGCGAUGUUCAAUGAAAUUCCAACGGUUGAGCCAGACAUUACCAACUCAUCCACUAACAUAUCACACCGGCCAAUCGAUCUGAAGGACAUCAAGGCACGCGGACGGUUCGGUGUGGUGUGGCGGGCGCAGCUCGCUAAUCAGGAGGUGGCAGUUAAAAUUUUCCCCAUGCAGGAACGCCAGUCGUGGAUAACGGAGCAGGAAAUUUUUAAGCUGCCACGUAUGAACCAUCCAAACAUACUCGAGUUUAUCGGCUGCGAGAAGCGCAUCGAUAUGGCCAGCACGGACUUUUGGUUGAUCACUGCCUACUGUGAGAAUGGUUCGCUGUGUGACUUUCUCAAGGCGCACACGGUUAGCUGGAGCGAGCUGUGCAAAAUUGCCACCACCAUGGCGCGCGGCCUCACGCAUCUGCACGAAGAGAUACAGGGCAGCAGGACGGAUGGUUUAAAGCCUUCGAUCGCGCACCGUGAUUUCAAGAGCAAAAACGUGCUGCUGAAGGCGGAUCUGACCGCGUGUAUUGCUGAUUUUGGGCUAGCGCUCGUUUUUACGCCAGGAAAAUCGUGCGGUGAUACACACGGCCAGGUCGGUACGCGUCGGUACAUGGCACCGGAGGUGCUCGAAGGCGCAAUCAACUUCACCCGCGAUGCCUUCCUGCGCAUCGACGUGUACGCGUGCGGGCUCGUACUGUGGGAACUGGUUUCACGCUGUACGGUGCACGGUGGUCCAGUUGAUGAGUACCGGUUGCCGUUCGAGGCGGAGCUCGGACCGCAUCCGACACUCGAGGAGAUGCAGGAGAACGUGGUGAUGAAGAAGCUGCGUCCGCGUAUCUUCGAUCCGUGGCGCCAUCAUGCGGGAUUAAUUGCGAUCUGCGAAACAAUGGAAGACUGCUGGGAUCAUGAUGCCGAGGCACGGUUAUCGUCUUCCUGUGUGCUGGAACGGCUGUUACAGUACGCCCGAUUUCCUACCCGACAGUUCUUUGUCGCCACCAACACUACGAACGAGCUGCCAACGAAACUAGCAACGGAAGGCCUUUAA